AUGUGCCCCGACUGUUUAGGACUUGGGUUUCAGUACGGGGUCGAGCUGAAUCCCGAGCAGCUCGCCAUGUCUCCCAUUACCCUCUUACACUCCCUCUGGCAAGAGCUCGAGACCAGUGAAGCCACAACCCUGGUGGAAGACCUCUUAGAGAAAUACGACAUCCCGCCGUACCAACCUUUAAAAUACCUCUCCUCGGAGCAGAUGAAGCUGUUUUUACAAGGGCCGAUGCGGCUUGAGAAUUUUGAGUGGCUCGGGCUCAAUGCGGUUCUUGGCAAGGCCGCUAAGAUACGGUCCGAUUUCCGGGACUACUUCUCCCCAUUCUUAACAGAGGCCACCUGCCUCUCCUGCCAAGGUUCACGCCUCAAUCCGCUGGCACGCCAUGUCAAAAUCGACAACCAUUCGAUCGCAGAGUUUUGCAACCUCCCCAUUGAGAUGGCACUCGCCUUCAUCGAUCGGCUAACUCCCCCUCCCUUCUUGGAAGAGACGCAUAGACAGCUCCACCAUCGACUCCAUUUUCUCAAAGCCCUCGGCCUUGGCUACCUCUCCCUCGACCGGAGCGCUCCUACUUUAAGCGGUGGUGAGACACAGCGGAUCCGCCUCAGCAGGCAGCUGGGAAGUGGUCUCACAGGCUGUCUCUACGUCUUAGACGAGCCGACCAUUGGGCUCCACCCUCAAGACAAUGAACUCCUCAACCAAGCCCUAUUGCAACUCCGCGAUAUGGGGAAUACACUGCUCCUCGUUGAACACGACCCGAUGACGAUCAAGAUCGCCGACUACAUCUUCGACUUUGGACCCCAUGCAGGUCGCGAUGGAGGUCAAAUCAUCGCCGAAGGGACACUCCCCGAGAUCCUCGCAAACCCGAACUCCCUCACAGGAGGGUACCUCACAGGCCGCCUCCAAGUCCCCAUCCCUGCAACACGGCGGAAACCGAAAACCUUCUUUACCCUCAACGAGUGUCGCCUCCACAACCUAAAGAACUUCGAUAUCGGGAUUCCAGUCGGGCUCUUCACCUGCAUCACAGGGGUUUCAGGAAGCGGAAAAUCGACAUUUCUCCACGACCUCCUCAAGCCUUACGUCGAGAAAAACCUCGAAAAGACCCCCUUUAAUAAGCUGAUCUUCCUCAACCAAAACCCCCUUGGGCAAACGAGCCGCUCCGACGUCUCUACCUAUGUCGAGCUCCUCUCCCCCCUUCGCGACCUCUUCGCCUCGAUUCCGGCAGCGACGAUCAAAGGGCUUCAACCGAAACACUUCAGCUCGAACCAUCGACGAGGAGCAUGCCCCUCCUGUUAUGGCCUUGGGACAAAAUCGAUUCAGCUCCAAUUUUUGCCCCCCGUUAAAAUCAGCUGUGAGGCGUGUCAGGGACUUCGCCUAAAUCCACUCAGCCUCUCGAUCCAGUUUAAAGGGAAAAACCUCGGGCAGAUUCUCCAGAUGACCGUCAAAGAGGCCCGUCUGUUCCUCGAUGCCUUCCCCAAAAUCGUCCAGAUCCUCGACACUUUGAAGGCCGUAGGACUCGACUAUCUGCAACUCGGCCAAGAGAUCGCCUCCCUCUCUGGAGGAGAGCAACAGCGGAUUCGGCUCUCGCGCGAACUCUCCAAACGGUCGUCGGGAAAAACCCUCUACCUCUUCGAUGAGCCGACAGUCGGACUCCACGCCGAUGACAUCGUCAAGCUGGUGAAAAUCUUCGACCACCUCACCGCCAAAGGGAACACCCUUGUGAUCAUCGAACACAACCUCGAUGUCAUCCGGUGCGCUGACUACGUCUUCGAUCUAGGCCCCAAAGCCGGAACCGAAGGAGGCUACCUGAUUGCACAAGGAACCCCCGAAGAGCUCAUGAAAAAUCCGAGCUCCAUCACAGGUCGGUAUCUAGCCUAA